AGUCGUUUGAGUCGUGGAUCAUCUUCGUGGAUGAUACCCGCUUAUGUAAAGUGAUAUUAAACUUUCCGGGCCCAGAAUUAGAAUUUUCCCCCCACUUCGGUCUACACGACGUCGAAAAGACGACGCCAAUAAUAAACAAGUAUCUCCGAGGCUAGAAUGCUUAACUGACAUAUCUUACACUAGCAGGAUGGAAGGAGAGUUAAGAGAAAUGCAAAAUCUUCGGCCGGAAGGUCAAGAUUCCGCCAUAGAAGCAAGUGAAAUGCGCCAGUUACCUCCCGUAGAUGGUGGAAAGGAUGCCUGGUUGUUUCUGGCUGCUUGUUUCAUCAUUGAGGCUUUGGUCUGGGGUUUCACAUUCUCCUUUGGAAUCUUCCAAGAUUACUACAACACCCAUGAACCAUUCAAAGGCUCGGGAGAUAUUGCCAUCAUCGGCACUUGUGCAAUGGGUGUCUCCUAUAUCCUUGCUCCUUUAGCCUUUGCACUGUUGAUUGCUGUGCCCCGGUUCCGUCGAUGGGCGACGCCUGUCGGCUUCCUGAUUAUGUGUCUCUCGCUGGCUCUCAGUUCUUUCUCAACAAGCAUCACGCAGUUGAUUCUCUCUCAAGGAAUUGCCUAUGGAAUCGGGGCCAAUAUUGGCUAUGCACCGACCAUCAUCUUUAUGGGCGAGUGGUUUGUCAAGAGGAAAGGGCUAGCUUUUGGUAUCAUGUGGGCUGGCACGGGUUUGUCUGGAGUUAUUCUUCCCCUUGUGUUACAGCGACUUCUUGACUUGUACGGAUUCAAAACCACCCUUCGAGUCUACGCGCUUGUACUUGCUCUCCUCUCUGCGCCUCUUAUAUAUUUUGUCAAGCCACGGCUUCCCGUAGCACAGUCCUCGCGAUUUCGUCCAUUUGAUCUGCGAUUCUUGCGAAAUCCGACUUUCCUUAUCUACCAAGUGUGUAAUGUGGUACAGGCACUCGGCUUUUUUCUUCCAACUAUUUAUCUUCCAAGUUAUGCUCGUUCGUUGGGUGCCGGGAGUUUGACCUCCUCCCUUACCGUUAUUCUCGUCAAUCUAGCAUCCGUCUUCGGCUGCGUUAUUAUGGGCCAUUUGACCGACCGACACAACGCUACAACGUGUUCACUCAUCUCUCUCAUUGGAAGCGCUUUGUCCGUUUUUAUAAUCUGGGGGUUCUCUGUGACUUUAGCGCCGUUGUAUGUAUUUUGUAUCGCCUACGGCAUCUUUGCUGGUUCUUUCUCUUCUGCAUGGCCAGCGGUCACCAAUGAUGUCAUGAGACAGGACCCGUUGGCAGAGGCGAGCAUGAUAUUGGGCUUUCUGGAGACUGGACGCGGUAUUGGGAAUGUGGUCAGCGGGCCGCUGAGCGAAGCCUUGCUAAAAAAUUAUGCCUGGAAGGAUGUAUUAAAGGGAGGCUAUGGGACAGGGUAUGGCACACUUAUUGUUUUCACGGGUGCCACAGCGUUGUUGAGUGCAUUGAGCAUUAUGGCACCACCGCUCAGACGAAUGUUCGGCACAUAUUUUUAAAUCCUUUCGUUCCGGGUCUCCACCUAAGAUCAAACGAUGCAGGUACGGCUUGACAGCAUCUCAAUUUCAUUUUCCAUUUGCAGAUUCAAUUGGCAGCGUCAGCAUAUGACUCUUCACGUCAAUAGGUAGCAAAUAAAAAGCAUCAAGUUAUUAUAGAAACAUCUCAUUAUCUCAUUC